AAGCAGUGCUGCGUUCACAGCUACGCAGACCCUCGUCAAAGUGUUUGUGUGUCGUGUACAUUGUUGAUCAUAGCGUCGUUUCGCGUGGGUCUUAUAAUCAUAAGCCCAACUCAGCUCGUGUAUUCCUUUGUUCAAUAGUGGUAAAUAAUUAUUAAUCAUCGUGGUGACUGUUAAAAACGAUAAUUGCGAAUACUGUUCAGUGUAGAGUAGAAAAUAAAAGCAGCAAGUUGACGAGCGUCAAUUUCCGUCAUUGCGCAAAAGCAUCGAGCAGUACGUGUUUUUUAUGUACUUAUACUCGCACUCGUGAACGUUGACGAUACAGAGAAUUAAUAUUACAUACAUAUAACAUAUAAUUCCUACCAGCUAACAUCCGUUGGACUGUAGCGUCAACCAUACACGACGUCGCUCAGCCAAGUGAUAUUUAUUUUUUUUAGUGCUUUUGUUUUUUAUUUAUUUUAGUUUUUGUUUCUGUUGAUUUUAUUAAUUUUAUGGACAUAUAUAUAAGUAAAUACUAUUAUAUUAACUGGAAUUGAAAACACGUAACGUAAAAUAAAAUUAAAAUUCGAGCCUUUGCUGAUAUCUUGACGUCUACUGCUCUACAUACAUUUAAAUAUUAAAUUAAACCUUUGGAAGACGUUGAUUAAUAAUGGCACAACCAACGAGCAGCGCUUUGCGAGCACUUGCUAUGGAGUACAAAAGUCUUCAAGAAGAGCCAGUUGAGGGUUUUCGUGUUAAACUCGUUAACGAGGACAACAUGUUCGAGUGGGAAGUCGCAAUAUUUGGGCCUCCUGAUACUCUUUAUCAAGGUGGAUACUUCAAGGCACAUAUGAAAUUCCCGCCAGAUUAUCCGUACAGCCCACCGAGUAUUCGCUUUAUGACAAAAGUCUGGCAUCCAAACGUAUAUGAGAAUGGAGACUUGUGUAUUUCUAUUUUACAUCCACCAGUCGAUGAUCCACAAAGUGGAGAAUUACCAUGUGAAAGGUGGAAUCCAACUCAGAAUGUCAGAACAAUACUGUUGUCAGUGAUAUCACUUUUGAAUGAACCAAACACAUACAGUCCAGCAAAUGUUGAUGCUUCGGUAAUGUACAGACGUUGGCGUGAUUCCAAGGGUCGAGACAAAGAAUAUGAAAAUAUUAUCAGGAAACAAGCGCAGGCAGCUAAAGUGGAAGCCGAAAAAGAAGGUAUUGUAGUUCCGCUCACACUUGAAGAUUAUUGCAUAAAAACCCGCGCAAGGCCAGCAGAGCAGCCCUUAGAUAUGACAGACUUUUAUGAUGAUGAGUAUGAGUUGGAUGAUGAUGACGACGAGGAACACAGCGCUGGUGAAUACGGAGACGAUGAUGAUAGUGGCAAUGGCGAAUCGUGAUCUAUUUUAUAAGUUAUUUUAACGAUAAUUAUACUUACAAUAUAAAUAACGAUAAUAACAAUAAUAAUAAUUCUAUAAACGGUUUAUAAGCCAUUAUUAUUAUUGGAUUCGUGUAUAGAUUGAUUAAUUGAACACACGGGCUUCUUAAUAAUUAAAUAAAAUGUGAUUUAUGCUCGUCGCUACAA